GACAGACAGACAGACAGACAGACAGGUGCGGUGCACGUACGAUAAAACCCCAAACACACACACAUCCAUACAUACGGCUCACGCGCACGCAGUCAUCCGUCCGUUGAUGAAAACAACAACAGCAACACAAUACAUAGCUAGCUAGCUAGGGUAGACAGACGUUGUCAGUCAGCGCAGCCCUUCGGGCAGCCGGUCGGUCAUCGAUCGGAUCGGUGGGUGUUGAGUGUCCGUGUGUCUCUCCGUUGAGUGUCUAUCCCAGGACGAGUUUCUUGAGUUUGACGAGGAUGUUGUCGUCCUCUGGGAACGACACACCCAACUCACUGAAAGUAGGACACACACACACACACACAGAGAGACAGAGAGAGAGGGUGCCGCUGCGAGUCGGGUUGGCAUUUCUGUUCCCUACGUGAGUUUCUUGAAUGCCCGUGCAAAGUCUUUGAAGAAUCUGUCCUCAUCCUUGGCGUACACCUCCACCCACCUCUUGAACUCCUUGUCCUAUAGAAACACACACACACACACCACCCAGUGGUUUGAACAGUGUCUGAGGGAGCCUGGCUGGCUGGCUGGCUGCCUGUUUGUGUGUGUACGUCAGUUGCUACCUGUAUGAGAGCGAUGUCACUUGGGAGCAUCAUGAGCUCGCCCGUCGGAUCCUCAUACUACAGCCGACACAACACAACACGACACAACACAGCGGAUUCAUCCUCACUCUUGUAGGUGGGUCCGCGUCGGUCAGUGUCCGGGUGAGCACGAAAAGGCGUACGUACCUGAAGUGGUCCGGUCCAUUUCUUGCCCUCGUGCGUCUUCUUGGGCGACCACUUCUCCUCCAUCAACAGCCUAAACCACACAAACAUACGCACCCUCUGUGCAAUCAGGACUGCCCAGGACGGUGUCCAAGAAUUCACUACUCUUCCGUACCGGAAGUAUUCGUUAGAGAAUGUGGUGGGUGCUCGUGUCCAGGGCCCCCAAUAGCCGCUGCGGUCCGUGUGGCAGCGGCCCAACGCAUGAGCACCAGACAGAGCUACCAUCUCCUGAUCGUUGAACCCCAUACGACCAAAUAUGUCCCUGCACACAACACAACACAUGCACGCACCCAUACACACGUCAUGUCAUGUCAUGUCAUGCCAUGCCCCCUCUCUGCCUGAGUGGAGUGUGUGUGGUCGGUACGGUAAUGUACCUACCUGAUGUGUUGGCAGGUGGAGUUGGGCUGUCCCUUGUCAGCGUCCGGCAGGCGGCCGUUGGGCGGCACUGUGGAUGCGUCGGGUGCGUCGGUGCGGCCGGGUCUGAACUCGAUGGAAGGGCCGCCCAUCUCCUCUAUCGCCGUCACGCCAGCGAAGAUCCACAGGUCAGCCAACGACACGUUGGGGUACUUGUCCUUUAUCGGAGCCAACAUCUGACAGACACAGAUGCCAUGCCAUGCCAUCCACAACACCCGCGUCGGUAUCCUAUCCUAUCUCUCUGUGUCUGUCUGUUCACUCUGUGUUUGUCACGUACGUUUCUGGCGAUGUGGAGGCCUGCGUUGGCCCCGUCGGUCGACUCGGGGGUGAAACGCAUCGUAGCACCAUCUGCCGAGCCGGACGGGCCAGCCAUCCAUAACGCCACACCACACGGACAGUUGGAUGAAAGACGUGUACUGUUGAUGGUUGCUGUGUGCUGCAGUGCAGUGCCCUCACUUGAUCCUCCCGUCUUGGUGGCCGAGUCGUAGGUGCCGGACGCGUGCCUGACACACCGUAUGGUAUAUAUGAGCCACCCCAUCCACACAAACACACAUGAGGACGAUACUUCCAUGGUGUGUGCCGGUGCUCACCAUGCGAGGCGGACGAGCACCGGUCCAGGAGGCUCCUUCUCGUACCUUAACCAACAAACAGAAAGAUGGAACACAGAAUCAGUGAAGAUCUGGCAGUCCCACCCCCCGGGAGCGAUGCUCACUGACUUGUCGUCUUCGAGCAGUUUGCAGAUGUCGGCUCUGACGGCCUUCCAGUCGACCUUGUCGCUCUUGUCCUUGGGCAGCUCACACAUGGCCUCGCCGACAGACGAACCGCCAACCACCAUGGCGCCUGCGGCAGACGCCCAUAUCCACCCUCCCAUCCCCUCCGUCUGAGAUCCGCUGCGACGCCCGUAGCUCUGCUGCUGAUGCUGCUGCUGGCCUCCAUGCUGCUGGUGGCUGCCUCUGCCCGUCACAAUGGAGCGUGCAAUGGUGGCCAGAGGGGCGGAGCGGCGGGCGGCCGCCAGAGGGAUGCUCCGGGACAACAGCGAAGAUGGGACACCAACCUUCAUCAUGGUCUCUGAAUAUCAAACGGCGCGAGCUCACAGCCUUUCGCGCUGAGAUAUCUGACACACCAGGCUCCCCCUCUUUUU